GUAGAUACAUUGAGUGGCAGCUUUAAUUUGACUAUUCAAAAAACGGCAGAAUCUGAUUCAGCUACAUACUUCUGUGCUGUUUCUUUCUCUAAUGUUGUCCACUUUGGAGCAGGAACUAAUCUAGUGCUUAGAGGUUCUAAAUCCAACAGGAUUCAUAUUCUACAGCAGCCUCACCCUGAAAUAACAUCGUCCGGUGGAAAUGUAACUCUACUAUGUACAAUCCAAAAUGAACAAGAGAGUUGUGGAGAUGAUCACAAAGUCUACUGGUUCAAACAGGGUUUAGAAAAAUCCCAUUCAGGAAUCAUUUACACUCAAGGAAGUUGUAAAAACAGCUCAAUGACUGUUUCUCCUACCAAGAGCUGUGUCUACAGUCUCUCUUUGAGAAACAUCAAGCCCUCUGAUGAUGGGACUUACUACUGUGCUGUGGUCACGUGUAAGGAGAUUUUAUUUGGAAAUGGAAUUAAUCUGGCUUCUUAUGAUGAAGGUAAAGGCCAACACAUAAAUAUCUACGUACUAAUUGGCCUUGCAGCACUGCUGACCGCAAGCUUCAUCAGUAAUAUUCUACUUUGUGUGAAAAAGAUGAAAGGAAACACAUCUCAACCCGUUCAUGCUACAGAUGAUAUAGUGUCAAGUGUACAGUACCACAGGACCUCCGAUUUGAAUUAUGCUGCCUUAAAAUUCCCAAGCCGAAACUCAAGACAGCAGCGAGAGGAGAGUCAAAGGCCGACGGAGUACUCCGGACUGAAAUAUAAAAACUCUGUAUCGUAAUACUGAAUAUGUAUAAUUGCAAAUAUUGUUUGCUAAACAGAGCCACUUUAAAUACCAUAUGAUAAAUCAUAAUUGAGAUUAUGUUAUGUUCUGAAUAAAUAUUAAACGUAAAUGUUUACAGUUAGACUCUUUAUUCUGUAAAAAUAAUCACA